GCAAUUGGGUAUACUCCCAACUUUAUCCUCAAUCUAGGGUUUUAUUCUUCUGUUCGGACCCAGAGAGCUCUCUGCAUUGCUUGCUGUACUCUCUCAAUCUCUCUGUUGGGAAAAAUGACGACGGUGGUCCCUACUUCAGAGGAAGAUCCCGUGCUUUCCGUCGUCCGUUUUACGGCUGAGUUGUCCUGGGCUGACGCCGGCCCCGAGAUUGCAGAGCCUCAAGUUAACAGAUUGUGUGUCGAGGCCCAGGAAUGCAUGAUUGAAGGAAGAUGGUUGGAUUUGGCUUCAUUGAUGCUCACUUCUGCAGAUUUAAUAUUUUCUAAAGCUUCUGAAAAAGAUCUUGAGUGCAUUUUCACUAUCAUUUGCAACCUCGUCAAGAAACCUGAGAGCUUGGACCAAGUACAUGAGAUGGCACAGCUCAUGUCCACUAAAAUCAUUCAACAACCCAACGAUAAACCCGCAUUGCGCUUGAAAAUCUUCUUCAAUCUCUAUAACCUGUUGGAGAAUCCAUACAGCCGUUUCUUCGUUUACUUGAAGUCCCUUAAUUUGGCCAUUCAUGGAAAGGUCACUGAACAUAUUUUGCCAUCGGUCAAAAAGAUGGAUAGCUUCUUGAAGGAAUGGAAUCUUGGAGUCAAAGAUCAGAGAGAGCUCUUUCUUGCAGUCUCCAAUGUUUUGAAGGAAAACAAGGGCUCUACAAAAGAUUCUUUCAUGUUUCUAACAAAGUAUCUGGAAACCUUUUCGGCUGAAGAUGCUUCUACUAUGAAUGAGGCCAAGGAAGAAGCUGCCUGCGCAAUUAUCGAUUUUGUCAGAUCAUCUGAUAUGUUUAAGUGUGACUUGCUUGAUAUGCCUGCUAUAGCCCAGUUGGAGAAAGAUGCUAAAUUUGCUCCAGUAUAUCAACUUCUGAAGAUCUUUCUCACUCAGAGGCUGGAUGCUUACUUGGAUUUUGAGGCAGCAAAUUCAGCAUUAUUAAAGAGCUAUGGUAGACUUGUCCAUGAUGACUGUAUAUCGAAGAUGAGGUUGAUGUCGUUGGUAGAUCUUGGCUUGAAUGAAUCUAGUCAAAUUCCUUAUUCUGUCAUCAAGGAGGCAUUGCGGAUUGAUGACACUGAGGUAGAAUCUUGGGUUGUUAAGGCAAUUACAGCUAAGUUACUUGACUGCAAGAUUGAUCAAAUGAAUCAAUUAGUAAUUGUGAGCCGAUGUACUGAGCGUGUGUUUGGACAGCAUCAGUGGCAAGAGCUCCGCACGAAACUAGUGACUUGGAGGGGCAACAUUGCGGGUGUUAUCAGCACAGUUCAAGCCAACAAGAUUACAGAAGAUAGCACACAGGCAAUGCAAGGAUUAGCGAUCCGCUGAGUUUGGUUCUUUGUGGCAGUCUCUUUUUAAUUUUAGAGAUUGGAUUUAAUUGGGCCUACGGGGGAGAAAUGGCUCACAUCUCUUUCAGCAUGAAAUUUUUGGUCAUUUUUUUUAAUCUGGCAAAGAUAUGCUAUUUGUUAACUUAAAAGUAGCAAUUUUUUUUUUUUGGUUCAUCAAGGUUUCGGGCUGUAUUUCUAUGUGAUGACGGUUUUUACUUUGUACUAUUAAGUUGAUUCCAGUAUUUGGAAAUAGUUAAACUUUUUGUCCUACAA